UUCCUUUCCUUUUCCUCCCUCCGAUCAUUCUCUCUCUCCAUCACUUCCAUUCUGCCGAUUAUUUAUUAUUACAUCCGUUUUAAUGAAUUCCUCGUCUACUUAUAUAUAAGAGAAGUCGCUUUCAGUAGGAAAAAAAAAAAAACCCAUCUCUUCUAUAAAAAGCAAACGAAGAAGAGAAGAUGAAUAGUAGCAUGCAUGUGAAUGAAAUCGGGUCUGGAUUGGAGGAGAGUGGGGAGAUGUGGAUUGAAGGAGAGAUGGAGAUGGACGGUGGUGGAGUCGUCGAUGAUGAAGAGAAAUCGAUUUUCUACGAUGAAUUCCCAUCUCUUCCCGAUUUUCCAUGCAUUUCCUCGGCUUCUUCAUCGUCGUUAUCUACAGGCGGUGGAUGUUCGUCAUCUGCCGCAGCGUCUUGCUCGUCUUCUUCUUCCUCAUCUUCAGCCACUAAUUCAUGGGCGAUCGUUAAAGUCGAGAACGAUGAUGGGGUAGAGAAAUCUCAGCCGCAGGAUUCUGGAGUGGCGAAGACGGAAGACAGAAUAGCUCUUCCAGAACAUGAACCAGAUGAAGGAAUGGAUGUUCUUGAAGAUUUCGGAGAUAUGGAUCUUUUAGACAGUUCGGGUAUGUGGGACCCGUCUUCUUUAUUCAGCAGCGACGAUGAAGAUAAGACCCGACAGAUGGUGAUGGACGGACAAGAAGAAAAAGAAAAACUAAAAGAAGACGAAGAACAAUCACGUCCGUCGGAAGAUCUCGCAAUGGUUUUCUUUGAAUGGUUGAAAUCUAAUAAGGAAUCAAUCUCUCCAGAAGACUUGCGUAGUAUUAAGCUGAAGAGAUCGACGAUCGAGUGCGCUGCGAGUCGAUUGGGCGGUGGAAAAGAAGGUAUGAAACAGCUUCUCAAGCUAAUACUAGCUUGGGUGCAGAAUCAUCAUUUACAAAAGAAAAAGAGUAGAGAAGAAGAAUACAUCUCCGCCGCUGCUGGUGCGGCAGCAGCUUCAUUUCAAUAUCAACCACAAGCAUAUCCAAUUCAAGUUCAAGGUCCGUCGGCGAACGCUGAUUCUAGUACAUGGAUUCAUCCCAAUUCAGCUUAUCUUACCGACCCACAAUCUUCAUUUCCUCAUCAUAUGAUGAUGGGUUUCGUCGGUGGUGAUGUUAGCUUUCCUGGUGGGCCACUCAACAGCAGCAAUCAACACCAUCCAUUCUCUCCUGAUUAUCAUCAGAUGAUUGAUUCAAAUGUGUCGUGGACCCCACAUUUCUCUUAUGGGCCAUUCUCCGACUCAUCUGCACCGUCCUUUGUUGGAUUUCCUAAUAAGUACGCCGCCACAGGUCAGCUCUUUCAAGGGCAUCAUGGAUUGUUGGGGGAGCCGCUCAUGAAAAUGGCUCCUUCAGCUACUAAAGAAGCUAGAAAGAAGCGAAUGGCUCGGCAACGACGGUUCUUUUCUCACCAUCAUCAUCAUCGCCAACAUCAGCACCAUCCAACAGCAAUGGUGAUGGAUUCACAGCAGCAGCAGCAUCCGUCGAGACUUGUUGGAAAUGGCAAUUGUACUACUACAGCUGCUCAAAGUAGCUCUGGAAGCUGGGUGAUGUGGUCUUCUUCAUCUCCUCCAUCUUCUUCAUCUCCGACACUAUUAUCUCCCGACGCCGAUCAGACUGCCAUGCAAACACAACAGCGGCAGAUCUCUUCGGAUAGGCGUCAGGGAUGGAAACCAGAGAAGAACUUGAGAUUCCUCCUGCAGAAAGUUCUGAAACAGAGCGACGUGGGUAACCUAGGAAGGAUUGUGUUGCCAAAGAAAGAAGCAGAAACACAUCUGCCGGAGUUGGAGGCAAGAGAUGGGAUUUCCAUUGCUAUGGAAGACAUUGGAACUUCUCGUAUCUGGAACAUGCGUUACAGAUUCUGGCCAAACAACAAAAGCAGGAUGUAUCUGCUAGAAAACACAGGAGAUUUCGUGCGUACAAACGGUCUACAGGAAGGAGAUUUCAUUGUCAUAUAUUCCGAUACUAAAUGCGGCAAAUACAUGAUACGAGGCGUGAAGGUUCGGAAGCCGGAAUCAAAGCCAGAGGGGAAGAGCGCUGGGAAAACACAGAGGACCUCUUCAUCACAUUCAGCCACAAAAGGAGAUGGCUCAACUUCAGUGUCAUGCAACCGAUGAUGGCUCAGCCAUCGGCUCUCCAAGGUUUUGUAUAGCCGGGUAGCCAGCUGAUUAUCGAACCGCGCAUGAAUAGGUGGUGGAUGUGAUCUUAAUCAUGCAGCUGCAAUCUCGGUGUCCCGAUCUCUCAACAUGAACAGGCAUUUUCCUUUCACUUCAAUCCAGUAAAAAUUCUCUGUACCUUUUACUAAGGUGCAAAUUAUGUGGGGCCCAAGUGGGCCCGCCUACGAUCAACCGAACCAUCAUCAGAUAGAAGGGUCCAUCUUGGGUCACAGCCAUCACAAUCUUGACCAUCCAUUUGGGUUUUACAUGCAAAUCUUAGUUGGAUUUUUGGGCAGGCUUAGGUGGGCCACCAUAGGAAUUCACACCUUAAAUAAGGUACAAAGGAUUAUAACUGGGUUGUAGCUCUUCAUUGGAAAUGUAACUUCUAAACUACCCAAAUUGACACAGCUUAUUAUUAGUAGGAAACUUUUUAAAAAAACAAAAACCAAAGAAAAUAGAAAAAAGACAGAUUGAUAGUGUGUUAUAAGGCAUGGAUAGAGGAUGGGGAAUUAACAUGAUGUAUGUGUGUUUUUAAGUACUGUAAUUGUUGUUUUUACGUAUGUAGGCUACUUAUUUAGUUGGAUAUGUAGCAUGGUUUGGACUGUUA